GAGACUGUGAAUAUGAUGAUGUUGAUUGUGCAAUAGUUCAUCCAAGUAGAGGGUAUAUAACAGCUCUUGUCCUCAUGCUUGGAACUCACCUUCAUCCAUUACCAUACUCUCUCCUUUCUUCUUUCUUCUUUCUUCUUCUCUCCAUCAUUCGUUCUUCUACUCCGUCGUUUGUUCUUCCUCUUUGUCUCUCAUUAUCUCCCAAGCUUGAGUCAAACCAACAAGGUCCGAAAACAUGUUGCUUGAACUCAACUUCCCCACCAUGCUUGGUCUGGGUAUGGUGACUUUCAUGGCCUGCCUCACAGCCAAGCUGUUCGAGACAUCCCCUGUUCCUGAAGGAAUCCCCUGGGUUCUGAGCAGGAAGGGACUGCUUGGACGAGCCACCGAGCGGUUUAUCGGCGUCAACCCCAUCGCUUUCAUCAAGGAUGGAUAUAACGAGUACUCCAAGAACAACCAAUUGUUCGUGAUGCCUAGCGUUAACGAGGGCGAUGAGGUCUUGCUUCCUACCAAGGAGUCCAACGCUAUCCUGCAUGCCAAAGAGACCGAUUUCAGUUUUAAGGCGCAUAUUCUAGAGUUUUUUCAGCUCACGUACACGAGCUGGCCUCUUGCCUUCGCAGAGAAGUACGACUUCUAUGUCAAACUGAUCAGCAAGGACCUGUCCGAAACUCUCAAGACCCCGGCUGUUGCUGAGUCCCUGGCCUUGGAGGCUCGUGCCUGUCUGUCUGAGCUCUGGGGCGAGGAUACCGAACACUGGGUACAAGUUCCUUUGUAUGCGUUCAUGGAGAAGACUGCUGGACGAAUGAUCAACGUACUCGCAAUUGGACCUGGGCACAGUGAUGACAAGGCUCUUUUGGCCGCUCUCACCCACUGUUCCAAUGCCAUUGUCUUCGGUGCGAACGUCAUCAAGGCUUUUCCAUCGUUCCUCCAUCCAAUCAUUGGUCCUAUCGUCGGGCUAGUAAAUCGCUACUUUGAGAGGGUGUUCCAUGCUCGCUUGAAGCCCAUAAUCGAAAAGAAGAUCCAAGAUCAGAAGGAAGCCUCUGAUUCUGAAGUCCUGAAAGAAAAUCUUAAGUCCAAGGGUUCUCUGUUGGACAUGCUCGUUCAGGCCGGUAUACGCAGCAAAUGGCCUAUGGAACUUACCACAAUGUGGCUGGCUUAUCGCAUUUUCAUGAUCAACUUUCCUGGCGUGCAUACAAGCGGUGUCUCCGCGACCAGUGUUCUCCUUGAUAUUCUCAGCUAUUCCGAUGACGACUUAGUUGGCCUUCUUCGCGAGGAAAUCGUGUCAAUUGCCUCUGACGGUUCGUGGAAUGCUGAAGAUCUUGCCAAGGCUGGUUUGCUCGAGAGUGCUGUGAAGGAGAGUCUUCGCCUGAAUGGCAUCAACGCGGUGUCUCCCACCCGGAAGGUCGUGGCCACCAACGGCGUCGACCUGGACAACGGACUUCACCUCCCAUUCGGAACUAAGGUCGGAAUUCCUCAAUACGCACUGCACCGUGAUAGCGACCUCUACCCUUCCCCGGAUCAGUUCAACCCUUUCCGCUUCUAUGCGCCCAAUGUUCCGGCUGAGGAGAGACGCAAUGAUUUGAUUACGGCCACCAGCGAUACCUAUGUGGUCUUUGGUCACGGACGCCGUCAGUGCCCUGGACGCUGGAUCUUCGCGCACAUCUUCAAGGUCCUGAUUGCGGAGAUGCUGUUGAAGUAUGACAUUCAGUCGAUUGAGACCCGUCCUAAGAUCCAUAGAUGGGGUCGUUUCCAACUCCCACCUUUGGCUACCAAGCUCAGUGUUCGUCGCAAGAAGAACAUCGUUGCUUGAACUCAG